UCACCUGCUCUUGUGCUUGUGGUCUUAUAAAAUUAUUAAGUCCAACGAAAUCAAACGGUACAGUCGCAUAUCGCCAAAAUCUACAGAUAUGAUGGAAUAUUCGUAUUUAGGACAAAACACUUUCGAUGCUGCAAACUGUACUCUACCGGGAAUGGAAAACCCUUUAGCAAGUUGCAGUAUCCCUUGUAGUUAUGGGGAUAGUAAUCCCUUCGGUCAAAUGGCUGCACAAGGAUAUCGUUAUAAUGGGGUGCGGACAUUCCCACCAAAUCCAGCUAUGUCGUCUGCAAACUGCAGUAUGGUUCCUCGUCCACGAGAACAACCACAGGCUCCUGUUUUCCCUUCUGAGUACGGUGACAGCUAUGCAGCAUCAACACUAGGCUUUGUUGCCCAGUCAAAAAGACUAUCCUAUAAAAUGUACCCACAUAGUCAUGAAAGUGGUCUGAGUCCAGAAAAACGAAAACAAAGAAGAAUUCGAACAACAUUUACAAGUGCCCAACUGAAAGAAUUAGAGAAAGCAUUCUCAGAGACACAUUAUCCAGAUAUAUAUACAAGAGAAGAAAUAGCAAUGAAAACUGAUCUCACUGAAGCUAGAGUACAGGUCUGGUUUCAAAACCGACGAGCAAAAUUUAGAAAAGUAGAGCGGGCUAAGCAGCAACAACAAUCUUCUUCAUCCACGCCGACAACAACAAUUAAACAGGAGCCUAAUGCAAGCAACAAUACAAAUAAUUCUAACAACAACAACAACAACACUAAGGAAAAGCAUAAACAGCCUGAGGAAACUUCAAAUAAAAGUUUGUCAGAAAGUUCUAAAUGGACAAGCAAUGUGUCGAAUAAUAAAGUAGCAACCUCCUUGAGUGGAGCACCAUCAUUACCUGGUCCUUACUCUGGUAUCCUUUCAGCACAUUCAUCCGACUACCCUAACGUUCCAGCUUUAGAAAAAGCGACAUCGUUGGCAGCAGGUUUGUUUUGAAGAGAAUGGCAAAGAAAUGGGAAAUAACUGCUACUAAUUUAUGUUGUAUUGAUAACGUUCACGUUAGUUUUCAGAAGGUUGACUGGACCUAAAGAGGACACAAAGACCGAUUGUAUUAUAUACUUCGUGUGGUGUCUUAAGACAACUGUGCCAAUUAAUUGAAAUGCAUAUGUUUAUAUAUAAUAUUACAUCGAUACUGGUGAAGAUAUAUAAGAGCAUUGUUGAAUAUACCUGUUGUGUGUAUACGGCACACAUAGUAAAGCUAAAGAUGUUGAUGAGCAAAAAGAAUGAUUUGGAUUUAUAUACGUGAGAGAAUACCAUGAGUAAAGGGGACACACAUGGAAAAGGGACGGGGACACUUCGUAAAGAUACAUUUGUGAACCUUAGUAAAUAAAUGCUGUUCAGCACUCACAUAAAGAAUACAUAGCUUCUAUUUUUCAUUAGCAUUAUGUUCAAUGGCGUUUUGGAACUUAGUACAAUUUGUUUUUUUUUCUGCAACCAGCAUCUCACAUGUGAGCUGUAAAAAUCUUAUUAUACCAAGAACUUUAUACCUCUUAUAUUAUAUGUACAUAGUUAUAAAGCUAUUUUUUGUUUGAAUAUAUCUUAGUUGUAUAUAUGAAAUAAAUAUACGUGGUGUCAAUUACUACAACAUCAGAUCAGUAUUAUAGGUUUUUUUUAAGCACUAUAAGUUUAUUUUAUCAAUGAUAUGACCCUUUCAGUAUUAUUUGUAUGUGCCAAAUAAAUAAACUCAGACGAAUUUUAACUAUACAACCGUGUACAAAGGUUUUUCAUAUAUCUAACACCUUCCGUAACACACGAUGCCAAAAAUAAUGAAUUCUAAUUUUUAGCUUUUACCAUUUGUUAUUGAAUCUAAUUGUCUAAUUGUUUAUUUGUGAAAAGUAGUGUGUAAAAGUCAGAUUCAACUAUUUCCUUGCACUUUUCUAAUAGAAAAAAGUGGUAAUAUUGGAGGUGAUUUGUUCCUUUUUUAAUUGUUUGUGGGCGUUUGCUCCUAGUGUUUCAUAUGUCGUACUGUUGGCAAUGAAUGUUCAUAGUACCUGUACCAGUAAUGUAAAUUACGACUUCAACUGUCACAUUGAAAAAAAAAUAUGUGAAAUAUCAAUCUAAAUAAAUGUAUUUUAUAUAUAUAUAUUUUUCGUGUGUUAAAUGAGGCGUGCAGGCAUUAUGGUUUCACUUUACCUAGACCUGUUCAACCUAAUUUUUCGUGUAAUGGAAUACAUUAGAAUUAGUAGAAACCGGAUUGUAAUAGUGCACUGUAUAUAUACUUGUUUAUUGGUUCUUUUUUAUAUGAUUUUAUGACAUAUUAUAGUAUUUUGUUGCAAAAUAAUCGUAAAUUCAGUAUUAAUAAAUGUAAUUGUGCCAAUUAUUGCCUCUUGGAAGGCUUUUAUGAAAUGAUCUGAUAAUUUUUCACUUUUUUGUGACAUAGGUCAUGAACAUGUCCCAUGGAUUACAUAAUUAUACAUUCAACUAUUAAUUAUUUGAGGUUUUUUUUUUUAACUUGGAAGGCAUUUUAUGUAAACAAUAUUAUUAAAGAUAUGACUUUA